AUGAUAACACUACAAAAUCUAAGUAACUUCUGUGCGAAGGUGCAUAAACAUAUUGUAUCUGAGAAAUUUGCAUCUCCUUUUUCAUCUUGUAUAUUGCUUUUUCGUUAACAUAAAUGCUCACAAAAAUUCUUUUAAGAACUUUUGUAAUAAUUAAACCUGAAAUUUAAAUAUUAUUUGUAACUGUAGAAAAUAAAAAUAUUAUAAACUCAAAUAAAACACAGUUUUACCCAUGAAACGAACAGUAAGUAAAUCUGCUUUGCUAGCCAUUUCAUUUAUUAUAUCAUAAGCCUCUUUAAUAACUUUUUUGACAUCCAUUUGGCGCAUUGCAGCCAAAGAAAUAAUUGCUAAUUUAACUUUUUCAUCGUUUAAAACUGCCUGAAUCAUUUCAUUUCUAGAAUAUUUAGAUUCCAGUGGAAGUUUAUGUGGUGAUAAUGAAUCCAUUGACCGAGAAACCCACAAAAUAUCAUAAUCUUUACGUCUUGCAAACAGUAAAUCCACAAAUUCUGAACGUUGUUCCAUUUUAAAUAUGCAAUAUUUGUAAUAUUCAGAUAACUUUAUUUAACGCGUUAUUCUAAUAUCUUAUCAAAAGAAUGAACAGUAUUUAACCAAAGUUCAAUAAUCGAUACGCAUCAAUUUUGACAUCAAUGACAUUUCAUUAUUUAAAUUUUCAUUUUCAUACGUACACGUAUUGUAUAUACUACUCGAUCGUAUUAUGAGUUUUUUUCCGGUUAAUUAUAUCUUCUUAGACAUUGUACUUUUCUCCUUUUUUUAUUCCGUUCUUUCUAAUUACUAUUUUUAUUGACAAUUAUGACGUAUUAAAAACCAAUAUUUGAAAUACAUAGGUUUAAUUACAUUAUUAUUUCAUCGAUUGUCACUCAAAAAUAUCUUUAUUUUAUUUUAUAAAAGUACUUUUCUGAGUUUUAAGUAUUAUUAUUUAUCGUUUGUCGAAGAUGAUGUAUUUUUACUUCUUUAUCCCUUGAUCCUUAAUAAUUGUAUUAAUAUAAUACAAGAAUGAUAUUCUCAUAUUCUUGUUUGAAUUAGUUUAUGUAUUCUUGUUUGAAAUAGUUUAAUAAUUAUACUAAAAUUUCAACGUUAAAUUAUAUUUUAACAGCAAGGAAGUAUUUGAAAGACGUUUGCGAAAUGUAACAUUUUAUUUAUUUUAAGCUUAAUGUUCAAAAAUCAAUUUAAAUAUGAAGCCGAGAGAAAAAUCUGCGUUGCUUUAAUUCAAAGUAUUCCCACUUGGCGCUGUUUUCGCUCUCUUGAUUCUUUUACUGACGAACAAUCAUCUAUAUUCGUGAUUUUGAAUUAGGUGCAUCACCUUUUUUGAAGCGUCUCUCGUGUGGUUUACGUUUUACCAAAGGUGAUUUAGUGAUUAUGGGUGGCGAAGAAGUUCUAGGAGUGACUACGGGUCAACCAAACCUUUAUAAACAAGAUCUUUCAAAGCUUGUACUAUUGGUCAUGUAGCACAUGGAAAGUCUACAAUUGUAAAAGCUAUAUCAGGAGUACAGACUGUUCGUUUUAAAAAUGAAUUAGAAAGAAAUAUUACUAUUAAACUUGACGCUCAUGCAGAGGACAGUACCAGAGGAGAACAAGAAGAAAAUCCUGUUUACAAGAGCAAAAUGUCUUCUACGCAAGAAAAAAGACCAGCCUCUCCAGGAUUAGCUCAACCAACGACCAAACAUCAAAAGCUUGAUCAAAAAUUUAAUUCUUCUCAAGCAAAUAGUUAUAAUGUCUAUUUUAAACAGUCUGAAGAAGUAAUCAACGAUAGAAGAGACUUCAACUAUUCUGAUAAUCAAGAAAUUAAUAUAGAAAAUACAAGAUUAUGCAAAUCAUAUACUAAUAUUGAAAAGCAUCAAACAAACAACAUAGGAAAUAUUAGAUUAAAGGAACUUAGGAUUAUAUUAGAAGAUAUAAAGCAUAUGAAUAUAAAACUUGACAAUAAAAAGAGAAUGAAAAAAUUAGUGAAGACUACUCUUUGGGAAGUAGAAAAGAUUCUUGCAAAAAAAAUAGUGGAAGGAAUACCAAAUUAUUUAAUUAAAUGGAAGAAUUGGAAUUCAGAGUAUAAUUCUUGGGAACCUGCAUCAAAUCUAGUGAAUUGUGCAGAUAUUGUAGAAAAAUUUGAAAAGGAUAUGUUGCAAUUAAUCAAUCGUUUCAAAAAGAAAGCAAAUUUUUAUCCAACGGAUAACGAUAUUGAAAAAUUUAUAAGUUGUCUUAAUCAGAGAGGAGAAACUUUAACAUCAAUUUCACUAGAAACAAAUGUAAUUGGCUUUGGCAUACGCAAAUAUUUCCGACAAAGAGGAAUGAAUGGUAGACUGAAAAAUAUUAUAAAACAUGAUAUUCUUCGUAUGUUAAUUAUUGAUUUAAGGAAGAAACAAUUAGAAUCUUUGAAAGAGUGGGAAACUGAAAUGAACAUUAUCACUAAAGAUAAACCAAUAAUACAAGUGGAGAAUAUGGUAGAUUUGGAAUCGGCACCUCAAGAUUUCUAUUAUAUAGAAGACUAUUUACCUGGUAAUGGAGUCAUAAUACCUGAUGAUCCACCUAUUGGUUGCGAAUGUAAGACUUGUAAUUCUAAAACAAAUUGUUGCUUUGUUCACGAUAAUGGAUCAUGUCCAUAUACUUCGACAUGUAAGAUUCGAGUUCCACCUGGAACACCGAUAUACGAAUGUAACAAACGUUGCAAUUGCGACAUGAACUGCUUCAAUCGAGUAGUGCAACGUGGCAGUAAGAUGAAGUUUUGCAUUUUCAGAACUGCAAAUGGGCGAGGUUGGGGUGUGAAAACUUUAAAAAUGAUUAAGAAAGGCAGUUUUGUUACGCAAUAUGUGGGCGAAGUCAUAACAAAUGAAGAGGCUGAAAAGCGUGGCAAAGAAUACGAUGCCGCUGGUAGAACGUACUUGUUUGAUCUUGAUUAUAAUGAGAUCGAAGAAGAAUGUCCAUAUACUGUAGAUGCCGCCGUAUAUGGCAACAUUUCUCAUUUCAUCAAUCAUUCUUGCGAUCCAAAUCUCGCAGUCUAUGGUGUUUGGAUCAAUUGUCUUGAUCCAAAUCUACCUAAACUUGCGUUGUUUGCAACAAGAGAUAUUAAACAAAAUGAGGAAAUCACUUUUGAUUACAUGUGUCAAUCUUCUAAGAAUAGUGAAAACUCUAUAAAACAAAAUAUGUCAAUGAAAGACAAUUUUAAUAUAUACAUGAAUAUGAAAUUUCAAGAGAAAUUAGAAUUACGUCCAGAUACACCAGAAUCCGACUUAUCUAACAAUAAAACUUUAUGUAAAUGUGGUGCUCAAAAUUGUAGACGAUACUUAUUUUGAAUUAUUUUUCACAAAUUUAUUGUAUUAACGUACAAACAAAGUUAUAUAAACAUUCAGUUUCAAUCAUAUUGAUAGUCUUACAACGAACUAUGUAAGUGAAUUAAACAUUGUGUUAUUAGAAUCAAAUUGAAUUUUGUAUUUUGUUAAUGACUAUUUUUUUUGUUCGUUCAAUAGACUAUAUACAUUUAAGAAAUGGUUGAAAUACUUAACAAAAGUUUUGAUGAUAUAACAUUGCAAUUUGAUAUGUAUUUAUUAGAAGUAAUUAUAGUUGAAUUGUUACACCUCAUAAUUAAUAUUUUUACUGGCAUAAGUUAUUUAAAAUGAUAAAAUGAGAGUGAUAAAUUUUAUUUUGCAUUAUUUGUAUGAUUAUUAUGUUAAACUUAAUAUCACAAUGUCAUUCAUUAUGUCACAUUAUAUAAAAUGUUUGAAUGACUUGAUGCAAGUUAAUAUUGAAUGCACUUAAUUUUAAUAUGAAUAAACAUUAGGAAUUUCAUGUUAAAAAUGUUACGUAAUAGUAGUCGUUUAAAAAUAGAAAAAAUAUUUUUAUUACACAAAUAAAAUGUUAUUUAAAAUUAGAAUAACUUAAGGUGGUAUGAAAUAAAUUGCAUUUAUGUGUUCACAUUUAUACUAUUUUUUAAUUGCAAACUGUGAAUAUCAAUAACUUUUAUAUUAAAUAUCAUUCUGCAUAUCAUCAUUAACAUAGUCUAGAAAUUUAUUUUUCACACAUUUUGUGUAUGAUCUAUUGUAUUUGUAUAAAAUAUAUACAACACAUUUUCG